GACAGACGUGUAAGGAGCUCCAGCACUGCUGCCUCUUAAGCCGCUCACACCAGCUCCAGCUCUGCUCACUGUUGCAUAGGAAAGACGACUGCUACUAAGCCGGCAGAUGGUGCGGGAGCAGUAUGUCACCACCACCCAGGGCAGCAGCGUUCCCAGGCUGUCGCCCGAAAACGUCUACAAGAUCGGCAUCUAUGGCUGGAGGAAGCGCUGCCUCUAUCUCUUUGUCCUGUUGCUCAUCAUCAUCCUGGUGGUCAACUUUGCCCUCACCAUCUGGAUCCUCAGGGUGAUGUGGUUCAACUCGGCAGGAAUGGGAAUGCUGCAAGUUAACUCAGACGGGGUGAAGCUGGAGGAGGGAGAGUCUGAGUUCCUUCUUCCUCUCUACGCUCAUGAGAUCCACUCCAGAGAAGAUUCCUCACUUCUGGUGCACUCAUCAGAAAAUGUCUCGCUUAACGCCCGCAAUGAAAACGGGGAUGUCACAGGAAGCCUAUUCGUUGGUCCAAAGGAGGCACAGGGACACACGCAGAAUCUGGUCAUUAACUCCAACAAUGACAACAUGCUGUUCGCCGCAGAUGGCAAAAUGGCCGUGGUUGGGACAGACAAACUCCGCAUCACAGGUCCUGAAGGAGCGCUGUUCCAGCACUCAGUCGAGGUUCCCGUUCUAAAGUCUGAACCUCUCAAAGACCUGAGGUUGGAGUCUCCGACCCGCUCUCUUAGCAUGGAUGCACCUAAAGGAGUUCAUAUCAAGGCGCUGGCUGGAAACGUUGAAGUGGCUUCUAACAUGGAUGUUAUCCUGCAAUCCAGCGUGGGACUGCUGGUGUUGGAUGCUGAGACGGUGCGCAUGCCGAGCCUGCCCCUGAGCGGAGGAGGGGUUUCUGGAAAUGCUCAGGGUCUCUAUGAAGUGUGUGUCUGUCCCAGCGGCAAGCUCUUCCUGUCCAAGGCUGGGGUCACCUCCACUUGCAGCGAGAAUCAGGAGUGCUAGUUAGACUCUGACAAGGUAAUCAGCGUCCACCUCCAUGAAAUUACCCCGGCAUGUAUCUCACAGGAGGCGAAAAGCACAACUUCUUUUCUCUGGUCUGAGCUUCUUGGAAGUGUCUUACAGCUCAGAUCAUUUUCCCCUCAUGCCGUAGUGGAUAUAAAAUGAUUCCCCAAGGCCUGCGAAACAACUGCCAGUUGGCAUACAUUGAGGAGAUGACUGGAAAUACAUCGUACGAGCUGUGUUGAUGAUACUUUUUGAAUGAAACAAAUUGGCAGUUCCUAUCAAAUUAAAGUGACUUACUCCUGUGUUGGAGCUGUUUGCAGAGUUAAUUUUUAUACACUCAGUAUCAUGGCUGGGCAAUGAGGAGCUGGUUAACAGCUUACAUCCUAUGCAAUAUUAUCUUGUGGUGCAAUAAUUAAAAUCGACACAUAUCAAGGGCUUGGAGUCAUCAACAAAGAAAUGUCUAAAAUUACAAUAUGGUUGUAAUAGGGAUGUUUAUUUUGAUUGUCAUGUGUUUUAUGUUUUACGAGGACCCCAGGAGGAAUUGCUGCUGUGUGUGCGCUCAGCUAAUGGGGAUCCUAAUAAACCAAUAAACCAAUGUAAACUCAAAGCGUACCUAAGCAGCCCUCUGGCUCCAAGCCCUUGGAAUGUAGUCUUGUUGUUGUAGGUGUGUAGUAUUCCCUGUGUUGGGGGAAAAAAGCAUGAGAAAUGUUGGUAUAUAUUUUAUCACUCAUACUUGGUCCAGAAACACAGAGGAAUUUUUUUUCUGAAAUUCAGCAAAAGGAGAUUUUGAGUUUUGUUUUAAAUGCUUUAUAGAAACAGUGUUGCGAUUACAAUGGUUAAAUGGUCACCAACCUGUUGUCAAGAGUGUAACAUCAUGUUAAUUAUGUGUGCGUUUUUGAUUUUGCAUAUGUUUAUCUACUCAUCCUGUUUCAGCCCUGCAUAAGUGAGUAAUUAUGUUAACUAGGCUACAUGACAGCCUCUCUUGCAAUUGAAACAGGAAGUCUGUCUAUUUUUUUGUUAGCAACCUCAUUUACAUUUACAUCCAAUUUUGUCAAAUACCAAAAUUCAAGAAAGUUGAAGGCUCUAAAAGAAAAUAGGCCUACUAAUGAUUUUGUUUGUAAAAAAAAAAAAAAAAAAAA